AUGUUGGCAUUACAUGGCUUCGACGUGUAUGGUCUGGAGAUAUCUGCGGCCGGAGUGUCCUCUGCCCAGAGUUACGCGUGUAAUGAACUGCAAAAGCCGCAGAAAUACAAUUUCGGGGAACGGAAGAGCGGUUCAACAGCUCCAGGUAGUGUCACUUUCAUUCAAGGUGAUUUUUUCAAGUCAGAUUGGGAACACAAAGCACUGGAAGGGGGAGAAAUUCAGUUUGAUCUAAUCUAUGAUUAUACGUUUCUCUGCGCCCUGCAUCUCGAUAUGCGCCAGCAAUGGUCUAAGCGCAUGGAGGGGCUUAUACGGUGUGAUGGCUAUUUGGUUUGUCUUGAGUUCCCGUUAUACAAGGAUAAAGCGCUUCCUGGUCCCCCCUGGGGCUUACAGGGCGUACACUGGGAUCUACUAGCGCGAGGUGGCAAUGGUAUUGACAAUAUCGAUAUGGCACCCGAAAUCACACAGGAGUGCCAGCUUGGCGGUCAGUUCAAGAGGGUACUGUAUAUAAAGCCGGCUCGCUCGUAUGAGAGUGGGCAAGGGACAGACAUGCUGAGUGUUUACGCACUGAAGUAG